ACAUGUUGUUUGGCUACAGCUCUGCUACAACCAUCGUUUUUAUUUGAAGGGAUAGAAGUAAUUAGUAAUUCAACCAUGACGUGAGUAACGAAUCCGAGCAGAAUGAAAUGAAUAACAAUGAGAUGAUGAGGAGUUACAGGAUGUUUCGAAGAGUGCUAGGCACUGUUCUUGCACUCCAGUUCAUCUAGAGCGGAUUGCGGCCAUCCGAUGCUGUCGCUGAACCAUCCAUGGCGUGUAGUUCAUAGCAUUCCAGUUUCUGAUCCAUUGUCUUUUUUGUCUCUUCUUCUCUGCCCUGGGAACGCAACGUAUGAUUCACUGUGACUGUACACAACAACCUUGUCUCCUGCCUUGACUGGACCAAUGAACCGAACACGCGACCGGAACACGAUAAAAAUAUACCUUUUUCAUAUUGUACACAUGCUCUUGCCUCGGUUUGAUAUGAUUGCAUUUGUCAUUCGCGUGCAGUGACCAAGAACGAACCCAAAAAAUCGGWGGUGUCCGCAUYCAAGACGGAGAGGAAGUCUUCGGAGUUGCCCAUCUCUUCGCUUCCUUCAAUGACACCUUUGUCCACGUUACCGAUCUUUCGGGACGAGAAACUUUGGUUCGAGUUACCGGAGGAAUGAAGGUCAAGGCCGAUCGUGACGAAUCUUCUCCUUACGCUGCCAUGCUUGCCGCCCAGGAUGUCGCCGAAAAGUGCAAGGAACUUGGCAUCACCGCCCUCCACAUCAAGGUCCGAGGAACCGGAGGUUCCAAGGCCCGCAGUCCUGGACCAGGAGCACAAUCCGCYCUUCGAGCGUUGGCACGAAACGGAUUGAAGAUCGGACGCAUUGAGGACGUCACGCCUAUUCCUUCCGAUUCCACCCGACGCAAGUCUGGACGACGUGGUCGUCGUCUGUAGACAUGGAAAAAGAGAGAAACAAAGAAACGAUCCCACCWAUAUUAUUGCAAAGCAUGCAUACGCUUCUUUUCACUUUUUUACCACACUACUAGUUACUAGCUGCCACCUAAGAAUACAAAAAUAAAACAAAACCAUCCCCUGACAUGGCUCGAUGCCGAGUACRYAUAGAUCUCAUCUGAAUCCUUACGUUUCGCUAAUGUUCCGUGGCCAUGUUUCCGAACCAAAAGAAAUCCUCGAGGACUGMGUAUAAACAUGUAGAUUCUGA